CGCGUGUGGGCAGAAUCGCCGCAGUCCGCUGAGGACACGCAGAGUACAGGCCGGAAGCCCCCGAGGGUCUUUUGUGCUCUGGACUACAGUUUCCAGAGGCCUCCGGUUGUAACGUCACUUCCAUCUCGCCAUCAGUGCUGUUGUGCUGGGGGCGGUUGGAGCGCGCUCCGCGACGGAGGCAGUGCGGCCUGUUGGUUUGGACUGGGCAGCCUGGACCCGGAGAGGUGGCGGGGGAAUCUGAAAGUGAGGAGUGCAGAGCCCCCGGACAUGGACCGUGACUGUCCGGAGCCUCAGGCCUGUCUCGCCAGUGUGCCCAGAGAACAAGGGAAGAUUGACUGUAGGAUAACUAACAUUUUUAUCCAAGGACUCUGCACUUCUACAUAAGAGGAAGCCAGAGGAGGACAAAUAAGUUGCACAUCUAAGCCAUGCCUCAUACAUUGGUGUUAUUCAAGGAUGUUGCCAUAGACUUCUCUCAGGAAGAGUGGGAAUGCCUGGACUUGGAACAAAAGGAUUUGUACAGAGACGUGAUGUUGGAGAACUACAGCAACAUGGUCUCACUGGCAGGAUUUUCUAUUUCUAAGCCAGAUGUACUCUCCUUAUUGGAGCAAGGGAAAGAGCCCUGGAAGGUUGUGCAAGAUAUGACAAGAGGUCAGAGCCCAGACUGGGAAACCAGGUGUGACACCAAGAAAUUAUCUUCAAAAAGAGAAAUUUAUGAAAUAGAGUCAUCACGAUGGAAGAUAAUGCAACAACUUAAAAGCCAUAACUGUGAAUGGAAAAGUUUUCAAGGCAAUAGGGAAUGCAGAUACCAGUCUGAAAGCCAAUUGGUAAAUAAAGAGGGACUUUUCAGGCAACUAAUAAUCACCUAUGAAGAAAUUCCCACUUUUAGUCAGACCACAUCCUGUACAUUACAACAGAGAAUUCAUUCUACUGAGAAACCCUAUGAGUGUAAAGAAUGCAGAAAGUGCUUUAACCAUGGCUUCCAGCUGACUGAACAUCAGAAAAUUCAUUCUGAUGAAAAACUUCAUGAACGCAAAGAAUGCAGAAAGGCCUUUAUUCAUGGCACACGGCUUACUUACCAUAAGAGCGUUCAUGUUGCUGAGAAAGCCUAUGAAUGUAAGGAAUGUGGAAAAGCCUUUAUUUGUGCUUCACAACUUAUUUAUCAUCAAAGAAUUCAUACUGGGGAGAAACCAUAUGAGUGUAAAGAGUGUGGAAAGGCCUUUAUUCGUAGUUCUCAUCUUACUCAGCAUCAAAUAAUUCAUAAUGGGGAGAGACCCUAUGAAUGUAAUGAAUGUGGGAAGGCCUUUUUUCGUGGCUCUCAACUUACUUACCAUCAGAGAGUUCAUACUGCAGAGAAACCCUAUCAAUGUAAGGAAUGUGGAAAGGCCUUUAUUCGUGGCUCCCAACUUACUGAACAUCAGAGAAUUCAUACAGGUGAGAAACCCUAUGAAUGUAAGAAAUGUGGGAAAGCCUUUAGCUAUGGUUCACAACUUACUGUCCAUCAUAGAUUUCAUACUGGUGAAAAACCCUAUAAAUGUAAAGAUUGUGGGAUGUCCUUUAUUCGUGGCUCACAGCUUACUGAACAUCAAAGGAUCCAUACAGGUAGGAAGCCACAUGAAUGUAAACAAUGUGGAAAGGCCUUUAACUAUAGCUCACAGCUUAUUCGACAUCAGAGGAUUCAUUCUGGUGAGAAACCCUAUGAAUGUCAAGAAUGUGGGAUAUCAUUUAUCCGUGGCUCCCAACUUACUGAACAUCAAAAAAUUCACACUGGUGAAAAACCCUUUGAAUGUAAGGAAUGUGGAAAAGCCUUUAUUCGUGGGUCACAUCUUACUCAGCAUCAAAGGAUCCAUACUGGUGAAAAACCCUAUGAAUGUAAAGAGUGUGGGAAGACCUUUAUUUAUGGCUCACAACUGACUCAACACCAGAGAAUUCAUACAAAUGAGAAUCCCUAUGAAUGUAAAGAGUGUGGGAAGAUCUUUUUCUGUGCCUCACAACUUACUCUACAUCAGAUUUUUCAUACUGGUAGGAAACCAUAUGAAUGUAAGGAAUGUGGUAAGGCUUUUAUUCGUUGCUCACAGCUAACUUACCAUCUGAGAGUUCAUACUGGUGAGAAGCCCUAUGAAUGUAAUGAAUGUGGGAAAGCCUUUAUUCGUGGCUCACAUCUUACUCAGCAUCAGAGAAUUCAUACUGGUGAGAAACCAUACAAAUGUAAUGAAUGUGGGAAGGCCUUUAAUCGUGGCUCACAACUUACUCAACAUCAGAGAAUUCAUUCUGGUGAGAAACCUCAUAAAUGUAAUGAAUGUGGUAAGAACUUUAGACGUCAUUCACACCUCACUCAACAUCAGAAACUUCAUAAUGGAGGAAAACUAUAUGAAAAUGUUAAUUUAGGAAAUCCUUUACCUGUUUACCCAUGAAAGUCAUCUUUGGGAUAUCAGAAAAUUUCCAUUAUGAAUGUGGGAAUCCUUAUUUUACUCUAGCUAAUUAGUAACUUACCUUAAGAGAAUUCAAAGUAAAGAAAGGCUGGAUUAAUAUAAAUGCAGAAUCAUCUUCCAUCACAUUUCAAUUUCAAUCCAUGUUAGACAUGAAUGAGUUCACACUGGUGCACAAUCCCAAGAUGUAAAGAAUGUGGGAAGGUCUCUAGCUAAUGUACAUUCUUUUGUUCAGCAUUAUCUGAGUCCCACAAUUUGCUACCUGACUGUACCUUUGGGAAAGUUAUUUAACCCCUGCUUGUUUCAAUUUCCUUAUUUUUAAAACAUUAAUAUCAUAUACCUCAUUAUAGUGUUCAGCAAAAUGAAGGAGUAAAUACAUGUAGAUCCUUAGAACAAUGUGUAAUGCACAGUUCAUAUUUAAUAAAUGUUACUGUUAACAAUAUUUUACUGGUAUACUAUUACAGAAUUCAAAUGAGAGGAAGACUUUACAAAUAUAGCAUAUAACUCUUCAUCUUUAUCUCUUACUAAGCAUUAGAUAAAUAAUUUUGGAACAAAACAUUCUAAUACAAUUAAUGUGAGCUCAUGCCUUGUUCUGAAUUGUAAAAUUAUUAUGAGAAGGAAACCCUAAGUAAAAAUGUCUUUGGCUUAAAAAUAAAGCUGCUUAUGAACAUUUGUGUAUAGGUUUUUCUGUGAACAUAAAUUUCCGUUUCUCUGG